AUGGCAGAAACUGUACCCAGCCCAAUUUUGGAAGAUGUUCAUGCGAUUGGUGAAACCGCUAUGAUGUCUCUGAGGUUACCUACUGAAGAAGAAGGUGUGGCGUGGGAUAAAUUAGAUAUUGAUAUUAGUGAAAUUCAAAAACCAGCUGCUGCUGAAGAGACCACUACAUCUGCACUGACAGUUUCACAAUUGUGUGAAUCUCUAGCAUGGGAGGAACCUAAAGAUAUACCCAAAUCUGAUGAACCACAGAAGAAACAGGCUGUUGAAGAAUCACUUGUUAAGCCUUCUGAAAUACCUACCGCUGAGGAACCCAUUUUUUGGGAGAGACUUCAAGAUGACACAAAAUCUGUGCCAACAACAGAAAAAGUUGAGGAAAGUACACCUGAUAAAAUAACAGUCAUAGCUCUUCAAAGUGAAGAAUCAGUUCCUUGGGAAAAUCUUGGUUUGAAGAAAGAAGAUUUAUCAAAACCUGAAAAACCAGAAGAAAUACUAUCAGAAUCUCUAUCUCUCCCUCAACUAGCAGAAUCAUUGACAUGGGAAGAAACUGAGGAAAUAAGCAGGCCAUUAAAACCAGGGAAAGAGGAAGCUGUCAGUGAAACAUUAAUAUCUCCUUCAGCAAUCCCUGCAGCAGAAGAAACAGUUUCUUGGGAGAAACUGGAAGAGUCUGAAAAACCAAUUGUGAAAAUGGAAAAACUGGCGAAAAAAGUGCCAGAAAAAAUGUCAGUUGUAGCUUUGCAACAAGAAGAAGCUGUUUCAUGGGAAAAACUUGGCUUUCAAGAUGAAUCUCAGACAAAACCAGGACGACCAGAGGAAUUGAUUUCUGAGAAAUGCAUUGCUUUACCUUUACAAAAAGAAGAAUCUGUCGCAUGGGAAAAACUUGGAAUUUCUGAAGAAGCAAUACAAUGGGAAAAGCAAGCUGAUAAAAAAGAAGUUUUUCAUGAACUGUCUUUGCCAGACCUAGCUGAAUCAUUAGCCUGGGAAGAUACAGAUGAAAUUGUUCCUGAGACACAUGAAACCAGAGCGCUAAUUCAGGAUGUCAUGUUGGAGUGUAUUGAAGUUCCAGCUGCUGACGAACAAAUUCAGUGGGAAAAAAUGGAAGAUGAAACAGUGCCCUCAAUGGAGAAGCAUGACAGAGUUGAAGUUACUGUAAAACCAGAAACUGUAACAGAAGAACGAACUACAGUGACGACUACUACUACAGUGACUGAAACUGUGGAUGUGGAGACAACUGCAGAGAAACUCACUCGUGAGAUAAUGAUUGAGGCUGUGAAGGAAGCUGAGCAAAAAGCUCCAAUAUUUCUUAGUGAGCUUAGAGAUGUUGAAGUAUAUCAUGGAGAAGUUGCCACCCUUGAAUGCCAAGUACAAGGAACACCCCGUCCAGAAAUAACUUGGAUGAGAGAGGGUGAAUUUGUCACUGGUCCUAGAUACACAAGUAUUUGUGAAUUGGAUGGAACAUGUAUGCUGAUCAUCUCUAAUGUUCAACUGGAUGAUGAUGCAGAAUAUGAAUGUGUAGCUCAAAAUCCUGCUGGCAGAGUUACUAGUUUCGCUGAAGUUAUUGUGAAAGAACUUGAUGUGGAAAUGCCAGAAGUUGAAGAACCAACUCAAAAAGAAGAAUUUACUGUUGCCAUGGACAUACUGCAACCUCCAACCUUCAUCACUCCAAUCACCAGCCAAGAUGCUGAUGAGGGAGAACCAAUAUCAUUCACUGCUCUUGUCAAUGGCAGUCCUGAAAUUACCAUAACUUGGUAUCAGAAUGGAGAGGAGAUCAAAGAAUCAACUGAUUUUAGGAUGACUUUUGAAGAUAAUAUUGCAACUCUUAAGCUUUGUGAUGUGUACAUUGAUGAUUCGGGGGAGUAUACUUGCAAAGCUGUCAACCCAGUUGGUGUAGCUACAUGCACUGCAACAUUAACUGUACUUGACCAAAUGGAUGAGGCUGAUGAUUCAUCAUCCAUUACCAGGGAAGAUACCUUGUAUGAACAAAGAACAUUUGUAAAGAAAAGUAGAACAGUCACAACUGUAGAAAGAUUGAAAUUGUCAGAUUCUUGCGAGUCUUUUGAAGUACAUGUUACAGAGAGUGAGCCCAACACUGAACUGUAUGGCAUAGAACGAUGUGUAAAUUUUAGAAAUUCCCCGGGAAGAGAGGCAAGUGACCUCCCUCGUGAGGGCACAGACAGGGUGUUUCAAGUUAUGAUGCACAGAUCUCCAAACGUGACUGAUACUCAAGUUACACUUGAUGAUCUUGAAGAGGAAUCACCAAUUGAUGAGAGAAUUCAAAAGAUGCACAUUCAGUAUGAACCUGGUGAACUGCUCACUGAUGAAACUUUUGAAAUUUCCAUGGACAAUUUAGAUGCUAUUGAUAUUCCUGUAGCUCAUUCCCUGAAUGAUGACGAAGUGGAAAUAAACUGUGCAAUAAAUGAAGAGGUUGUUGAACCACUUAUACGCCCUGAAUUUAUAGUUUUUGAUGAUUUGUAUACACUUACAGAAUUAGAUGAAACCACAUCAUCAAAAGAUGAAGAAUCACUUGAGUGCAGUGAUUCUCCCAUUAUUGAUGAUGAAACUAAAUCAAGUAUUUCACUGCCUAGACUGAUCCUGACCUCUGAAGAGAUCAUAGAAGUAGAUCAGGUUGAACCAAACUUUCGAAAAGUACACAUUGAAUAUGAUAAUGAUAAUGGUGGUAGUCCUGCUAGCAAGGCAGACGGCAUAAGUCUUGCCGAUGUGCCUGUACUGUCAGAUGAUGAAAACCAAAAAUUCGAAUUAGAAUAUUCUCGACCCAGUAGAGUUACAGAAGAUCCUUUUAGAAAAAAUGUGAUUGAUUAUGAUAAUGUAAUCAGGGACAUUCAUGAUCAUACAAUUCCAUUAGAGAGCACAACUGUAACAAUUCAAACUAAAGUGAAAGAAAGACACCCUGAUAAAAUUGAUAUACUCAUUGAAAUUCCUCAAGAGAAGGUUGAGAAAAGUACAGGGAGGGAAACUGAAUUUACCAACAAGAUUCAUAUAAAUUAUGAUGAUGAAGAGAAGGGCAAGGUUCCCCAAGAAUAUCAUGUAACAAAAGAGGAUGUUCCACGCUUGUCAGAAAUUAGUAACAUUGCAGUCAAGAAAUCAUAUCCAGUUUCACCAGAACUCAUAGAACCUAUAAUUCGUGAUGAACAUAUCAGUUAUGAUGGUAAUGAUGAUAACCUCAGACCUCUGCAAUCAACAACUGUUGUAAUUGAAAGUGCUGGAAAGGAAAAGCCAUCAUCUGAAGUUGAAGUGAUUUUUGAAUACCCUAAAGGUGAAGAGAAGGAGAGGAUUUCAAAAUAUGAUGAAAAUGCACCUGUGCCAAAACAGGCUUCUAUUCCAAUGAAGCGUUUGGAGCCGCCCACAUUUUGCCCACCUAUAUCUGUGAUUAAGGUAGAAGAAGGCGAAUCUGCAAUGUUUGAAUGUAUUGUAAAGGGACAUCCCUGCCCAAUGGUAGAGUGGUUUCAUAAUGAUGAUAUUGUGACAAAUAGUUAUGAUUUUAAGCUACAACAGCAAGGAGAAAAAUGUACUUUUUGCAUCCGAGAGGUAUUUACUGAUGAUGCUGGUGAAUACUCCUGUAGAGCUGUGAAUCUUGCAGGCGUGGCAACAUGUACUGCUGAACUCCUAGUUGAAGAGUUAGAAUCAGAAAGUCAGCGAAGUUCAUCAUCCACCUCAGAUGGAGCUGAAUACAUUCCAAGUGAUGGCAAAGUGCAACCUGUCACUGAUGAGCUGGAUCCAGAAAAAUUAGAUUUUCAGACUGAGAUUUAUGAAAGUAAAACUGUCACCCGGCGUGAUAUGACACAUGUUAUCGAAGAAAUUCUAUUUGAAAGUGAUGAAGAAGUGAUGACUAUUCAGCGUGUAAGAGACGACACUGAUGAAACAGAGCUACAGGAAGCCAUCAUCAAGCCUCACAGCAAAGAAAUAGAACAUCCAUUUUACAUAACCAAGUCCACAACUAAUCAUGAUACUCAGUUUUAUACGCAGACAACAAAAGAUGAAAUUAACUCAGAAUCAGACUCAUCAAAACUUGACCCAUUUGAAAUGACUUUGUCAUUUGAACUGCAUGAUCAUGAUGAUAAUGGAGAUGAUACUGAUCUAAGUAGUAUUGGGGCUGAAUAUCCACGGGGGAUUGCUGUUGAAUUAGACCUAAUAGAUUCUCCAAAACGUUUACGUACAUCAUCAAUAAAAUCACAGAGUAGUGUAGAAAUGAGAAAAUCAAUAGAAGCUAGUUUACCUAGGUUUAUUGAAACGCCAGACGAUUUUGAAGCUGUAUUUGGCUCAACUGUAAUCUUAACCUGUAAAGCUGAUGGUGUGCCAACCCCUAUGCUCACAUGGUUUAAAGAUGGACGAUUCUUACAACCAGAUGACAAUGUAUACAUUGUGGACAAAUUAGAUGGAACUGGGAAACUUAUUAUAAAGCAUUUUGGAAACAAAGAUAUCGGCCAUUACAAAGUGGAAGCAUCAAAUUGUGUUGGUAAAACUACAUAUGGGGCUGAUAUCACAGUUGUCCUUAAAGAAUUUGAAAGUGCAGAAGAAAGUAUACAUGAAGUAACUACAAUUUCAGAGAAAGUGACAACAACAGUGACGAGUACAAGUGAAGUUGUUCCACAAAAGACGGAGACUGUGUCUCAAGAAUUCCAAAUCGAAACACCUCUACAGGACAUUGAAUUUACAUUAGAUAUGGAUAAAUAUGAACCACCAAAUGUGACCAAAGUUUUUGAGAGCCAGAGUGUUCUGGAUGGUGAAAGAGUUACUUUUGAAUGCACUGUAACUGGCAAACCUCUCCCUGAAGUGACAUGGCUACUGAACAACAAACCUAUUGAGCAUGGACCAGACUACAAGAUUCGCCGUGCGAAUGAUGGUACAUGUACACUAGAGUUGCCUGAAGUAUUCCCAGAAGAUGCGGACCUAGAUGAACUUGACCAUAUCUUGGAUGAUUUUGACACAGCAUACACUCCAACAGAACCUGAUGACUCUGUUACUGAAGUGUCAAUUACUGAACUCGAGCUUGAUCAGCCUCCUUGCCUUCCACGUGAAAUUGAUGUUGGUGAUAUCAGGAUGUCUAUUGAAGUGCCACGACCAGACACUGAGAUAUCAUCUGCAGGUUUGAAACCAGAAAGACCAUCUUUGCUACCAGAAGAGAUAUUAGUCUGUUCAGAAUCAGAUGAAGCUACUCGGGAUAGUAUCGAUAUGGGAAUGAUAGAGUAUGAAAUAUCAGAACCAGGUGUUGCAGAUGAAACACUGACUGAAAUAUCUAGUACAGAAAUGGAGAUUGAGUCAUCACCGCAACUACCUGAGGAGUUUGAAAUUCAGCUUAACAUAGAUGAGCUCUAUGGACCUAUUAGUGAGGUAUCAAUAGAUGGGCUUAAUCUGCAAAAGACAGUGGUUCCAAGUGUACCAUCUGAAGAUGAACGAGAAUCAUCUCAAAUAGAAGUAUUGGUUGACUCUGUCCUACAACAGCCAGAAGAGGUUGAGUUUCACUUAGAUAUUCCUCGACCAAAGGAUGAACCUACAUUUGCAGUACAGCAAAAAGUGACAUUGCCUGAAGAUAUUAAAGAAACAGACAUAUCUCAAGUGAAAAAGCCAUUUGAAGCACGUUUUGAAGUUUCUCUGGAAAAGACAUCCCAUGAGAUGACCACAGUAGAUAUUGAUGAAUCUCCUGGACUUACUGAAGAAGUAACUUUGAAGCUCCAAAUUGAUGAUACAUUACUUCAACAAUCUGCAGAAGAGCCAAAAGUAGUUACCCCUGUUAUUGAGGAGAUUGAUGAUGUGACUGAAUACCCAUCAUUGCAGCUUCAAUUCGACACAAAAAUGACAACACCUAUAGUGGAGGAAAUUUAUGAUGAAUUUGUUGAACCACAGGUUGAUGAUAUUAUUACUAUGGCGACCCCUAUGAUAACAGAAGUUAUGGAAAUGGGCAUACCGAUUCAGAUAUCACAACCUUCUGAGAUUGAGAUACCAUCACAUGAGGUUUCCACAACUGAGAUAGAUAUUGAAGAUGAUUCCAGACUUCCAAAAGAUAUCACAUUGCACCUAACAGUUGGGGAGAAGGAAAAGCCAACACCCAUGAUGUCACAACCUUCUGAAAUUGAGAUACCAUCACAUGAGGUUUCCACUACUGAGAUAGAUAUUGAAGAUGAUUCCAGACUUCCGGAAGACAUCACAUUGCACCUACAAGUUGGUGAGAAGGAAAAACCAACACCUGUGGUCACUGAUGUUUCAAGCAUACAGAUGUCACAACCUUCUGAAAUUGAGAUACCAUCACAUGAGGUUUCAACAAAGGAGAUAGAUAUUGAAGAUGAUUCCAGACUUCCGGAAGACAUCACAUUGCAUCUACAAGUUGAUGAGAAGGAAAAGCCAACACCCAUGGUCACCGAUGUUUCAAGAAUACAGAUAUCACAACCUUCUGAAAUUGAGAUACCAUCACAUGAGGUUUCCACUACUGAGAUAGAUAUUGCAGAUGAUUCCAGACUUCCAGAAGACAUCACAUUGCACCUACAAGUUGGUGAGAAGGAAAAACCAACACCCAUGGUCACCGAUGUUUCUAGAAUACAGAUGUCACAACCAUCUGAAAUUGAGAUACCAUCACAUGAGGUUUCUGCAACUGAGAUUGAUAUUGAAGGGGAUUCCAAAGUUCCUGAUGACAUCACAUUGCACCUUGAUGAUAAAGAAAAGGCAUCUCCUGUGGUGGUGGAUCUUUUUGAGCAAGUCGUUAAACCACAUGAUGAUGUUAUUACUUUGACCACCCCUGUAACAUCAGAAGUCAUGGAAAUUGACAGACCAGUACAGAUAUCACCACCUUCUGAAUUUGUUAUACCAUCACCCGAUAUUUCAACAGCUGAUAUUGAUAUUGAGGGACCAGAACAACUGCCUGAAGAAGUCACACUAAAAUUGAGAGUAUGCGAUGACACAGAAGAAGUUAAAGAUAUAGAUAAAAAAGAAGUAACAUUGCUACCACCAUCUUUUGUUCGGCCAUUAAAAUCAACCACAGUGGAAGAUGGUCAGCCACUGAAGAUGGUUUGUGAAGUUGAAGGAAUGCCAACUCCUGAAAUUACUUGGUUCCGUGAUGGUGAAAAUUUAUUAGAGCUUCCAGAAUUCUCCACAACUUUUGACAACGGCAUUUGUACUGUCACAUUGGAGGAAGUAUUUCCUGAAGAUGCUGGAGAGUUUGAGUGCAGAGCAACUAAUCCUGCUGGAAUGACAUCAACAUUAGCAACACUGACCAUACAAGAAGUUACUUCGGAUAAAGAAGUCAUUGAAAAAGAAACCAUUACAAAAGAAGAAGUUACAGUGACUAAAAUGACCAUUGAAGAAAAGCCUGACACUGUAAAGAAAACUAUACACAUGAAACAACCAGAGACAAUUCAAGAAGAGAUCGUGGAGAUCAUCACUAGUCCUACUGGUGUUGAGACCAUUGUUAAGACGAUUAAAACCACUGUGAUUGAACCAAAGACACAGGAAGUUGUAUUUGAGAAAGAAUUACAAGUGACUGAAGAAAAAGAGCAGGAAGAAAAGAAAGAAAUUUCACUAGCCUAUGUUGCUAUUGGGAACUACCUCGCUGAGACUGAUGAAGUAAUGUCGUUAAGAGAAGGUGAAGAACUCACUGUGAUUGAACGUAACCAUGGUGAUUGGUGGUUAGUCCGCCGUCCAAAUGGAGAAGAAGGUUGGGUGCCCGGCUCCUAUUUAGAAACACUUGAGACGUAUGAGCAACAUUUGAAAGACCAGCUUGCUGAGAGUAUGGCCGCACUGCCCGAGGGAGAAGAUGAACCAUUUGAUGGUGAUCUUGUUCCUCCUCACUUCAUUGACUUAUUGAACACUACACGUGCCAAAGAUGGCAAACCUGUGACAUUGAAAUGUCGCGUUGAAGGCAAUCCUAAGCCUCUAUAGCUUGGUACAGACAAAGCACCAUGAUACCUGAUUCUGAAGAUUUCAAGUUAGAUUACAAUGGUAGUAUUUGUACUUUGCUUAUCAAAGAAGUUUUCCCAGAAGAUUCCGGAAAGUAUACAUGUGUU